UCGGUAUUUGACGGUUAACGACGAUGAGACGGAAAAAGACGGGUGUAAAGUGUUUGAAUGCUAGAUUUCCUCGUGGCAAAACGGAGAGAAUAUUAUUAAUCUGAAAAUUUUACAUGUCAAAGACAAAUAUGACGGAUCAACAGUACUCGUCUUAUGGAUCUUCCUCUUCGGGAGCAACUCAGUCAUAUGGUUAUGAGCAAUCAAGUGGUGAUGCUUAUGGUAACCAAGGAUAUAAUAGUUCUACAUCCCAACCACCAACCACAACAUAUGGUCAGCAAUCUAGUUAUUCCCAGUCAUCUGGAAGUAAUAGCUAUCAACAAAGUGGUUAUCAAGGUUAUGGUAACCAGUCUGGUGGAUAUGGUCAAUCAUCUGGUAGUGGUGACCAUGGUCAAUCCUCGGGUGGUUAUGGUCAAUCCUCGGGUGGCUAUGGUCAAUCUUCAGGUGGCUAUGGUCAAUCCUCAGGAGGCUAUGGUCAAUCCUCAGGAGGCUAUGGUCAAUCCUCAGGUGGCUAUGGUCAAUCCUCAGGUGGCUAUGGGCAAUCUUCAGGGGGCUAUGGUCAUUCUUCUGGGGGCUAUGGUCAAUCCUCAGGUGGCUAUGGUCAAGCCUCAGGUGGCUACGAUAGAAGGUCAGAUGACCGUAAUAGUGGAUACAAAGGCUACAAUGAUCGGGGCAAUGGUGGAAACAGAAGUGAUAAUCGCUAUGGGAACAGUGGUGGUGGAUAUGAUAAUCGAGGGGACAGAGGAUAUGGAGGUCGAGGUUCAAACAGAUCUGAUGGUGGAAAUUCAGGAGGUUAUGGGUCUGGUGGAAAUUUUUCCAAUAACAGUUCAGGUGGUGGCAAGGAGUAUCAAGAAGAUACAGUGUUUAUAUCUGGUAUGACUCCUGAUGUCACUGUCGAGCAGAUAGCAAAUAUGUUUGGAUCCAUUGGGAUAAUUAAGAUUGAUAAAAAGACACAAAGUAAAAAAAUCUGGUUGUAUCGAACACCUUCAGGUGAAUCCAAAGGUGAAGCAACUGUGACUUAUGAUGAUCCACCCACAGCAAGUGCAGCAAUUGAAUGGUUUAACGGCAAAGAUUUUAUGGGAGCAAAAAUCAAAGUGGAACUUGCAGAAAAGUUUGUGCCAAAGAAAAUGCGUGAGAGAGGUGGAAGUCGAGGCUAUGGUGGAGGUGGUUAUGGAGGACGUGGGGGUGGUCGUGGUGGGGGUCGUGGGGGUGGUCGUGGAGGAUUCCGAGGACGUGGAGGAGGAAGUGGUUAUGGAGGCGGUAGAGAUGGAGCAUCUGACAGAAGACGAGAUAGACGGGAUGCACCAUAUUAACAAAAUGUAAAAUAAAAAAUAAACGUAAUGCAACCUCAAAGGUUCAUAUGCAAGCAAGUCAUUUUACGAGAAUUUAAGUAGUUAAUGGUUCAGGUUAUGUACAUUUAUCUCACAAUUGUCUUGUUUAUAAAUGAACUAUGUAUAUGAAUAGAAGUAGCUAAACUUGCUGUGGAUCGUUAAGGCCAUAAUCCUUGUUUAUAAAAAGUUGAAAUGGAUGAACAAAAAUCAUCGAAUUUUAUCUUACAUAGUGUUUGUAUUACUUGCAUGUUGUCAGAUGUAAAAAUUGUUGUGCUUAUGUGUGGUAUUAUAUGGUAGAUUUAAUUUGUCUUA